UGUCAGCACCGAGACAGUAGACGUCAUCGCCAUUCUGGCCGACUGCAGCCGAAGUUUGUCGAAGUGGUGUCGCCGUCGGCAAAGGCUCACAACACACAUGCAGUUUUCCAGACGCUCUUUGUCCGCCACCGGCUGGAUGACGACACUCUUUCCUCUCAGGUGUUGUCGCUCACAACCCGUCUUUGAAAUCGACACCGAAUCUUGAACGGGCGUAAUAAUAAAAACAACAACAGCGAGAAGGAGCGUCCAGCCCGGCAAGCUUCAUCAUCAUCAUCAUCAUCAUCACAGCUGCUGCCAGUGUUAGCUACAACACAAGUACAGCGUCCUGGUGUGUGUGUGUGCGCUUUUAACUGUUGUUUUUAUAACACAAUAAUGUCGUUUCCUGCUGGACUACCACACAAAACUACUCCGAGGAGCUUCUCACUCCGCAAUGUUUGGACGAGAAAACGCAGCACCUAAAUAACACCACCAUUGGAAAGGAGCUCUUAUGUAACCCGGUGGGAUUCCUCUUUGCAAGACUUCCCGGCCUGUGCAACCUGGCUGCAGCUGAAGGAGAAGCAUGUGGAUCAUACAUGAUCCUUGCAACACCUCGACCGUCAACCGCCACCAUGACAUCUCCAGACUCGCCCCCUCUGGUGUCCCCUUCCCCAUGCCCUGCUCCUCCUCCGUCGCUCCCCACUUCCCCGGUGCCAUCCUCCCCGGCCCCGUCCUCCUCCUCCCUCCCAGCCCCUCCCUUGCUGCCUCCCACAGGAGAGGUGAUGGUUCUCGCUCUGGGCAGGAAGAAGCAGAGGGUCCUGAUUGCGCUGUCCAUCCUGCCCAAUCUCUUCCUGGCUUUCCUGCUAUCAUCCGACCCCCUCAUCACCCUCUCCUCUCCGCACCAUUGCCACCUGCCGGGGCCGUCGACGUCCCCCGAGACGCUGAACGCCUCCCUGCCCUGGGAUAAGGGCUUGAGGCCUGGUGACGGCGGGGGUUUGUCCCAGUGUAAGCAGUACGCCAACGGGAGCCUGACGGAUGUGGUGGACUGCCAGGCCGGAUGGGACUACAACAUCACGGAAGGGCUGAGCAGCAACAUUGUUACGGAGUGGGAUCUCGUGUGCACUCGCUACUGGCUGGUCCCUGUGGAGGAGGUGUGCUUCAUCCUGGGGGUACUCACCGGAUGUCUUGGCUUGGGAUUUGCUGCUGACAGAAUCGGCCGCUCCAAGACCUUGCUGACAUCACUCACCCUGUCGGUGGUGUUUGGUGUUCUGGUGUGCGUGUCCCCGUACCCCUCCAUUUUCAUUGUCAUGCGCUUCUGUCUGGCGGCGACGACCGCUGGAGUCUACCUCACCCUGUACAUCUCUCGCCUGGAGCUGUGCGAGCCGUCUUUGAGGCUGAUAGCCACCAUGCUGGGGGGGCUGACGACUGUUGCCGGGGAGCUGCUGCUGCUGGCUGUGGCCCUUGGCUGCCAGUCCUGGAGGGGUCUGCUGGGGGCCGGUGCCGCCCCACUAACGCUCUUCCUCAGCUACAGCAUUCCUGGAGUUUUUCCAGAGUCUCCUCGCUGGCUUCUGCUGUCUGAGCGGCAUGGAGACAUGAACUCCUUCAGCGAGAGGAGAAACUCCAACAGAGAUGUGAGGGACGACGAGAGCUUCACAGAACUGGAUUCCGAGACAACUGCCUCCUCACGUCCCCGCCUCUCCUUCCCUGAGCUCUUCCACAGCAGGAACAUUUGGAAGAACCUCUGUGUGCUGGGCUUCACCUCAUUCAUCUCCCACGGCAUUAGCCACUGCUACAGCUCUUUCCGAGGUGACGUCAGAGGCACGGCCCCCAGCUUCUACUGGACGUACCUGCUAUCCGUGUGCGCCGGGGGCGGGGCCUGGCUGUUGUUGUGGGCGACGGUAAACAGGUGCGGUCGCCGUGGCAUCCUGCUGCUCUCCAUGACGAUGACAGGCCUGGCGUCUUUGAUCCUUUUGGGACUCAUGAAGUAUCUGAGCGAGACGGCCAUCACCGUGUUCUCCGUGAUGGGUCUCUUCUCCUCCCAGGCCACCGCCUCCCUCUGCAUCCUCUUCACGGCAGAGAUCAUGCCCACCGUCAUCAGAGGCACCGGCGUGGGCGCCGUGCUGGCCUUGGGCUGCGUGGGCCGCCUCAGCUCCCCCCUCAUGGACCUGAGGAACCACUACGGCUACUUCCUGCACCACGUGGUCUACUCCUCGCUGGCCCUGCUGGCCGUCUUGUCCAUCCUGCUGCUGCCCGAGAGCAAGAGGAAGCCGCUGCCGCAGACGCUGGCUGACGGGGAGCAGUACCGACGUCCACCACUGGGCAGGAGGAGGCGGGACAACGUUCCGCUGCUGGCCACGCCCAACCCAGAGACCUAAACGAAAGGCGAGGACGCGUGCGUUCAUGAACUAAAAGGUGAUGAGGCUUCCUUUCAUGAUCAUCAUCAUCAUCGGCGCUGAGAUGCUUCCUACUAGUCCGGUCAGAUCUAGUUUUCUAUGCUUUCAUGCAAGCGAGCACACGUCUCAGAUGUAAAUAGUCUUUUCUCUGAAAGGAAGCUCUACGCUAUGCAGAGGAGAGGAGCACUUUGGAAGACUGCUCCAUCAGUAUUAGCAGUAAGUUCAAGUCCCUGAAGCAAAAAUGACCUGGCCUGGAGCCGGAAUAUUUAUAUCAAAUUUUAGCUGUCAUGAUGACUCAAAUCAGCCUUAAAAAGAAAUAUUAUGGUUCUGGUUUGGGCAUGGAGGAAACUUCCACAUUCCUAUCUGCAUGUCUGGAAGCACUUGAAGGCCUUUUUUAGCGUUUAGCACCUCUUUAGGCGAGCGCUUAGACGGGUAUGAGGAAAAGCAGAGUAGAGGCUUUAACGGUGACUCUAUGAGCAAUAACGCUGAAUGAAUGUCUGUCCAUGCUGUAGCCGGGGCCCCAUGAUGAAGCUGCCGCGGAGCUAAAGAAGGGCCCUCGGAGCCCCUCGUUGUAUUCUGCCUCAUAUUUUAUAUUCUUCCUCUUGUUGAAUGUCAACAUAUGCUGAUGUGCUCACGGUGUCUAGAUCAGGCGUGGGCAAAGUGCUUUUAAACGACUGUACGGCUUCUGAAACCAGAGGCUCCGUGUAUGUCAUUACGGUAAUACGGGGGUGUCCAAAGUGCAGACCGGGGGCCAUUUGCGGCCCAUAGCUGUUUUUUUAAUUGGCCUGUGGCACGUUUUAUAAUAUCAUUGAACAAGAAAACAACCGUAAAAAGGGAAAAAUCUGCAGUAAUUUUACAAGAAUAUAGUAAAAAAAAUAUUAAGCAAUCUAAAAAGAAAAUUUAGUAAUUUUACAAGAUAAUACGCUGUAAUAUAAUGAGCAAAAAUAAUGGGAUUUCAAUAGGAGAAAAUUGAAAUAAGAAAAAAAAUAAUUAAGGUUGUAAAAUUAUGAGAAACUGAAAAAUUAAUAAUUUGUGGAAAAUUAGGUUGCAGAAACUAAACGUUCUAAUGUUAUGAGAAUAAAGGCAAAAUAUUGUGGUGAUAAAUUCAUAACUGGACUAAUGUUUGGACACCCGUGCGGUAAUCCACGGGCCGACGUCACUCCAGGAAGUCAAGGCUUUGAUACGAAGCUAGCGAAGGAGAAAUUCUCCAGAAAAGUGAUAUUUUAUCCAUGAAUCAAAACCUCUGCCCACCCCCGGUCUAGUUUUUGCACAGAGGAAUACUAAAGACUUGAUGGGGACGCUUGAUUAAAAGGGAUUUCUCCUCCAUAUUUGAUCCUUACGUCUAACACUGCUGAUUCUGAGCGCUCAGAUCAACUUAACUCUGGUAACGUUGCGUCUGAAAACACUUGAUUGUUCAAAUGAUUGACCCAAUUAGCUCUGUGACCUGAUUCCACGUCCAAUAAAACCGGUUACAUCAA